AUGUAUGCAAAUAGACUAGUUUUUAUUUCAUUGGUAGUAAUAUUUAUUAAACAAAUUCAAGGUUCAUUUUGGAACGAAAUACCUCCAAAAUGUACUUAUGAUCGUACGGAAAUAUUUUCUUGUUGGAAUACAACAUUUACACAUUCCAUACCGUUAUUUAAUGAUUUAGCUUAUACACUUCAAGAUCAUCGUGUUGAAAUUCGAGAUUCAUAUUUUGAAUUAUCUUUACGUGAUUUAUUAGUUCAUGUUGGGACAAAUAUAAAUAAUUUAACAUUAAUUAAUAACACAUUUUCAUCAACGGCUAUUGAAACAAAUUUAAUAUUUGAAGGUGGAAUUUUCUUUCGUCUUCUUCAAUCUCUUAAUAUUAAUGAUCCACAAGCUUUACAAUGGUCUCAACUAAAUGGCUCAUAUUUUCCUCAAUUAAUUAAACUUGAUUUAUCUUAUAAUCAAUUAACUGUUGAAAAACCACUUGUUUUCGAUCAUCAAUUUUAUCCUAAACUAAAAUAUCUUAAUUUAUCAAACAAUCAAUUAAAAUCCAUAGAUAAUCUCAGUGGAAAUGCUUUAAAUACAAUUGAAACAUUAAUUCUCUCACAUAAUCCAUUAGAAUCAAUAAUAAAUGAACUUAGUCAAUUUCAAGCACUUAUUAAUCUUGAUUUAUCAUCAACGUCAACUAAACAGUUAUUUAGUAUAACAUUAUUACCACAUUUAGAAACAUUUAUAUGUCAAGAUUGUCGACAUAUUCCAACAUGGGAAUAUGAAAAAUUUCUAUCGAAUUGUUCACAAUUAAAUAAUAAGAAUCAAUUAACAAUUGACUUGACACAAUCAAAUAUACAUUCAAUAAAAUUAUUUAAUCCAUAUAUAAAAUGUAUUAAAAAUUUAAUAUUAAAUACUCAAAAUCUAGUUGAUUCAAUAACAACACAUGAUCUUUUAUAUAGUACAAAUCUUGAAAGUGUUCAAGCAACAACUAAUUAUGACAUCGAUUAUGUUCAUUUAAAUGUUUAUGAUCAUUUAUUACAUAUAGAUUUUAGUGAAAAUAUUUACUUAAAUCAAGUUAUAUUACGUUUAUUAUCAAAUUAUACUCAUUUACAACGUUUAAGUUUAUCACAUACAGGAUUAAAUGAUUUUUCAAUUGAUUUUUAUAAUACAUCAUUAAAAUUCUUGCAUAUUGAUGUUAUUGAUAUGAGUCAUAGUCGUUUGGAAACUCUUGAUUUUCUUAAAUAUUUAACAUUUCAUACAUUAGAUGUUAGUUAUAAUCUUUUAAAAAUAAUUGAUAUAGAUUUAGUUCAUUAUCAUCAUGGUAUGUAUGAUUUAUCUUUAAUGAAUUUAUUAAAUAUGUCAUUUAAUGAAAUGGAGUUUAUUAAAAUAAAUUGGGAUAAUCAAUCACCACAUUCAAUAGAUUUAUCCGAUAAUAAUCUUGAAUCAAUUGAGUUACAUGGUCAAACAACAUAUACACUUUUACUGGCAAAUAAUACGAAAUUAUCAUUAACAAAACCAACAUUUAAUGUUGAUUUCCCAUCAUUACAAUAUCUUGAUUUAACAUCAAUUUAUCUUAAUUCAUUAGAAUAUCUUAUUUAUCUACAUAAUCUAUCAAAUAUUCAUACAUUAAUACUUAAUAAUAAUCGUUUAUUAAAACAACAUCGUAUACUUAAUUGGUAUCUAUUUUAUCCUUGGCAUAAAUAUUUAACACAUCUCUCUCUCCGAAAUAUGUCACUUGAACAAAUUGAUUCCGGUGUACGUUUAAAUGAUUUUUAUCAUUUAUUAACAAUUGAUUUCUAUUUAAAUUCUCUUAAAUGUGAUUGUAAAUUACAACCAUUUGUAUAUUGGUUACAAGUUCCACCACCACCUCUUUUAGAUUUUUAUGAACCAUUACAAAAAUUAUUACGUAUCAAUUGUCCAGUAUCAUUAUUAGAUAUGCAUUGUGAUGAUGAAGAGAAUUCAAAACAGAAAAAGCUUUAUACAAUAACACAUUCAUCAUUUUUUAAAACAUUCUUUAUUUUAAUUAUAUUUAUAUUAAUCUUAUUAACAACAUUUAAACUUAUUGAUAAACGUUUACGACGAAUACGUUCAAGAUUUUAUCAACGAGUUUAUACAGAUGCCGAUAUUAUUACAUUGAAUGAACGGCAUGUUACACAUAAGACAGAUGAUGAAUAA